AUGAAAAUCCUUAAACACGUUUUGGGUUUUUUGGUUUUCUUAAAGUUCUGUUCACCAUAUGUUAUUCAAUUAAAUUCAACAAAUUGGAAACAAAUGUUAGAUGGUGAAUGGCUUGUAAAAUUCCAUGCUCCUUGGUGUCCAGCUUGUCGACAGUUUUCACCAAUUUGGCAACAACUCUCUGAUGAUAGUUCAAUCAAUGCUUUUGUCGCAGAUGUUGAUGUGACAGAAAGUCCUGUCCUUAGUUUCAUAUUUUUUGUCAAGCGAUUACCAACUGUCUACCAUGUAAAAAAUGGCCUAUUCAGAGUGUACGACGGGGCAAGAACUCUUGAUGAUCUCAGAGUUUAUGUGAAAUCUGAAAAAUAUGAAACUGAAACACCUUUACCAUGGUAUUACUCACCAGCAUCUUUUCAUAUGCAUAUUUUCAUACGUUUCAUGGAUCUUGGCAUUUUCAUUACGAAUACUCAUCAAGCAUUUUUAGAUGCUGGUUAUAGUAAUUGGAUGUCAUUUUUGAUCAUUGGUUUAUCGACUAUAUUUUCCGGACUGUUCAUUGGAAUUAUACUUGUAUUGAUUUUUGAUUGUUUUUUCCCACCGCGUCCACAAAUCCUAAGAUUUAUUAGGAAACCUAAAAAGAUGGAAGAAUCUUUACAUUAUGAAACAGAAAAAUCCAGGUCUAAUGUUCACGAUGACGAUGUAUCAGAGGAAAAUGUAGAUGAUGAGAUUUCGGAAAUUCGUCAAAGGAAGGUCGAUAAUAAUGAAGUUCAUGAUUCAUAAUCUCAUAAUUAUUACUGAGACUUUGUAACACAAAAAUCAUAAUUAUUUACAAAUUAUGGUCCAUUAUCCCCGCUGUGUUGUGAAUUUUACUACAUAUGAGAUCACAGCAAAACUAAAUAUGUCACAUAGAUGAUACAAUUGACGUAAUUGUCAAAUUUGUUUCGAUGAUGAAUUUCAAAUGGAUUUACUUCAUAUUAGAUACAGAUUUCAAACUUUCUUUAAAGUAUCUUUUUCUGGACACAAUAUCCCCUUUAAAAUGGUAUAAACAACUUUUUAUCUACAAUUUUAAUCAUUGCUAUAAUUAUCUACAGAUAGUAGAGAAGAGGCAUAGAAACUGAAUACGUACAACUAGUGAAGUAAUAAUAAUAAUAAUUAUAUAUAUAUAUAUAUAUAUAUA